AUGACGAUCCACGCGACUGCAUUCGCGUUACCGACUCGGCAGUCUGCGAACUGGGCGGAAGCGAAUAAAAGGGUUAUUCAGUCCUACAGACUAUGGCAGCGGGCAGCACCCGAGAUCGUCAAACUCUACCUUAUGGACAUUGACGUCGCUGCCGUUCGAUCCAAGAUACGACAGGAAUAUGAGAGACAUAGACAUGUCAAGGAUAUUGGCACUGUAGAUGUACUGUUGAUGAAGAAUCAGAUGGAGUUCCAGGAAACCAUGAAUUACUGGAAACAAUUGCCACAUCUUAUGCAUUACUUCAGGUCGGAACAGGAGCCGAAUUCACAUAUUCCGAAGAAUUUCAUGGAUAACUUUUUGCAGGGACGAAAUUAA